CACACACACGCACAAACACACACACACACACACACUGGAGCUCCGCCACAGCCUGCAGCUGCAUUGACGGUAAACAGAGCAAGGUAGCGCAUGGGCAGCCAGCAGGGAAUUAUUCCACAUCGCAUCACAUCCCUGAGCAUACAUGGCGUCCUCGAACACCGAGCCAUGAAUUUACCGUGCAGCCAGACGAGGUAGCCGCGCAUUUCCCUCGUUUCAUUCUGCAACCAUCAUCUUUUUUGCGUCGGAGUGCAUCACUGAGAGGAGAAUCGGCGCACAUUGCUACAGUAGGUACCGUCGGUUUGUGGAGUCAAGACGAUGGAUGUGGCUUCAUCCGGAUCUUUUGCUGCAAAAAAGGCGGACGGGCGCGAUUUUUUAUUCCAAACGCAUCCGCAUCUUCCGUACGUUGCAAGGUGUCUUUGAAAGCGUGGCGGACCACUGGGGGAAAUGAGAAGAAGGGUCUAUUUUGACUCACGCCUGUCGAGAUGUGGUAAAGGCACUUCUUCUCUUAGCAGCAAACUGGUUGAGGGGCUGCAGCUGCUGAAAAGGAGGCAUCGUUAGGAAGACCUCUACAUUCCAGAUCAAACACACCUCAUUAGAUCAUUGUUAUUCUGCUUAAGAGCAAAGAAGCCUCUCUUAGCUGCAAAUUUCCUCUGCCUAUGAGCACUGAAUCACAAAGAAGAUUGAUCCCACUGUCGACCCCAUGUAGGAACUGCUCCCUCCGAUUCCCACAGCCUUGAUUCGUGCUUGGAUUUCAGCAUUCAGUCAAAUCCACCAGGACAGAGUAUGUCAUCAACACCUUUUCACAGAAUCCUACGACCCCUUCUACUCGGCACAUUCGUUCUGGGAUGCUUUGUGACUGUGUUUUUGAUGUAUUUUAAACCAUCCACCAGCUGGUUAUCUGGUUCUGUAGAGUCCACAGUAUCCACAGACCCGGGCAAGAACCUCUUCUCCACCAGGAGUGAUAAGAACGUGACCACCGUGCUGAUCUGGCUCUGGCCUUUUGGACAAACCUACGACCUGGGCGUGUGUAGCUCUCUCUUCAACAUCGAGGGCUGCUUCGUCACAGCGGACAGGAACCUCUUUAACAAGUCCGAUGGGGUCAUCAUCCACCACCGGGACAUCAGCAGCGACCUCUCCAACCUGCCGCCGCUGCAGCGACCGUCCUUCCAGAAGUGGGUAUGGAUGAACUUGGAGUCACCGUCUCACUCCUCCCAGCUGCCUGGGAUUGAGAACUUGUUCAAUCUGACUCUCAACUACCGUCAGGAUGCUGACAUUGAAGUGCCUUAUGGGUCCAUCGUAGCAACGGAGGGUGAGGAGGACUUUGUCCCACCAAGCAAAAACAAGCUGAUCUGCUGGAUUGUGAGCAACUGGAACCAGGAACAUGUGCGGGUGAAAUACUACAAUGAGCUGUACAAACACAUCGAGGUUCAUGCAUAUGGACAAGCCUUUGGGGAGUACAUCCCUGACCAAGACUACUUCCCCACCAUGGCCAGCUGUAAGUUCUACCUGGCCUUCGAGAACUCAAUCCACAAGGACUACAUCACCGAAAAAUUCUACAACCCGCUCUCUGUGGGGACCGUGCCCGUGGUUCUCGGCCCGCCGAGGCAGAACUACGAGAACUUUAUCCAGGCAGACGCCUUCAUCCAUGUGGACGACUUCACCUCACCAAAGGAGCUGGCUGAUUACCUGCUGCUCCUGGACAAGAACGAGGAGAUGUACCUCAGGUACUUUGAGUGGCGCCGGCACUUUAAAGUAAAGAAGGCCUACUUCUGGGCAGAGCACACAUGCCUGGCUUGUGAUCAUCUGCGUAGGCACAAGGAGUACAAGUCGAUCAAUAACCUUGACAAGUGGUACUGGGGUGGAUAGUGCUCUGAAGGGCUAUGCAGUGCUUGUUUUGUUAUUGAAGGCAGUGCUUUAAGAUUUUUGACCUUCACUCAACAAGAAAGUUGACUACUGUUCAUUCUGAGAUCAUUUUUAUUUGGCCCAUUGAGACAUCGUCUUGUUUUUCUUUUUCAUUUGCAAGCCAAUUUUGCUAAGCCUUAUUUUGCCUUGUGUUCUCCAUUUAUUGUUUUUUUGGAAGGAUUAUAAAUGUACUACAUUUUUAUCAUUGUUUCAACCUUUAUUUUGCUUCAAAGCGCACAUUUGCUGCUAUUCUUUAUUUUAUUGGUAUGAAUGUGUGGAGGGUAUAUUUUUCUGUUACGACUAUCAUACAUGGUGCAAUGGUUCUUUCUUGUUUCACUCUUAAAUAUCACCUUUUUAUGAAAUGGCACACAGCAGACAGAGGAAUACUGUUGGCUGCAGAAGACUGGCAUUAAAAGAUAAAAUAUUUAUGUAAUAUUUAUUAAAGUGAGGCAUUAUAAGAUAAAACAAUCUCAUCUGUGCUAGUGAUGCAGUCACCUAUGCAGUGUUUACUGAACUGUGAAAGUAGUACAAAUGUGUCAUGUACAUACUGUAUGGUGUAUUUUUUGGAAAUAUGCAGCUGUCCCAUAUUUUCUAAGUUUGCACUUCUCUGCCAACUGUUACCUGUUCUUUUUAACAUACAAAGAGCCAUCACAUCAUGUGGCUGUAGAUGGCAUAUGGUGAUCAUUACCACGGUAGUCUCUGGCAGCAGAUGUGACUCCACUCCUUGAGAGGGAGGUUUCUAUUUUAAUCAUAUUGUGAAUUGUUCAUUGUCACAUGUGAUGUGUCACGGAGCAGCAGGAUCCCGUGUGGAUGAUGAUAAUACAGCACAGAAACCUUAUACUGCAAUAUGAAACUCCCACACCACAUUAUGUUGCAGUAUGAUUUCAACUUAGAAGUCUGUGAUUUAGAGUCGAAUAUGAGAGCACAAUAUUACCACCAUCACACCUUUGAUUAAGCUAAUUUACUGUGUGUACUGUACUGUCAACUCAUAAUGUGACUUAAGGUGCUUUUUGACUCUCUCCAGGAACUAGGGAGCUUUUCAGGAUCUCGAACCAGGAUCUAAAUCUGGUUCUAGGGUAGAAAAGUCCCUGCCCAGGAUCUAUGGGGGUUGGGGCUGCAGUGCUGAACGUUUCUGAUUGGUUUCUAGGUCAAUGACUCUUACAUCGACAUCAUUAGCAUUGUAAUGGUUGACAAAGGCUCAUACUUCACUUAUGCCACUGUUGGUUUUAGAGGUGAAGACUUUCAGAGGAGAUAAAUUCAGAAAUCUUAACCAAGUUCAGCCACCUGUUUAGAUCAAACUUCAGUAAUUAUGACUGAAAACCUACACAGACAUUUGAUAAGAUUAAAAUUAUAUGUAAUAGAUUUUAGAGAACAUCUCCCCCUGACCCAGACUCUUCAUUACAACAACCGAAUAGAGCAGAACAAUUUAGGAAAAUAAUCUAAUUGUGGGUUUCAUUUUUUUUUUUUUUUAGUUUUUUAUCUUGUGUAUUUUUCAACAAACACAAGUGAAAAGUUAACCUUGCAAAGCAGAUGGAUACGCCCGUU